UCAGCCUGACCAGCGCGCGAGGCCAAUAGAUCAUCUAACAGGCUUCAGGAGAAAGAAAGUUGGCCAAAAAACAAAGUGUGAUUUGCUCCUGAUUGUGGGGUGAAAUAAUAGCUACAUAGACUUUUAUCCUGAUAACCACAACAAUUUACAACAACUACCACUGUUAAUAAUAAUAAUAGAAGUAAUAAUAAUAAUAAUAAUAAUAAUAAUAAUAAUAAUAAAUCAUUAUCAUCACCAUGUUGCACAAUGACAGUGUUUUAGCUAAGAGCUGACAGCUAAAGCCCAACAAAUAUAUAUAUAUUUUUCAUUUUAAACCUAAUAAACUAAUAAAAGAAAACCUGGGACAAUAUUCCGGGCUUAGCAGCUCAAUAACUCUUCAUAAUUGAGUUUAAUAAUAAUAAUAAUAACUUAACCAUGGACAAUCCUCAGAGGGCAGGAAUAAUAUCUACAGUGUUAUUUUUGUGUGGCAUUCAAGGUUUUGCUAGUUAGCCAGCUAGCUAGCUACAGUAGCUACAGUAGUGGUGCUAUGUCUUUGUGUAUGGAGAGCAGACAUGCAUGUAGCAGACUUCAUUGCCGGCUCUGUUGGAGGAGCUUUUGGAGUGGCAGUGGGCUAUCCUCUGGACACUGUUAAGGUCAGGAUACAGACACAGAGGAAAUUGGUUGGGGUUUGGCAGUGCAUUCACACAACCUGCAGGAAUGAAGGGGUGUAUGGCUUCUAUAAAGGCAUGUCGAUGCCCAUGACUACAGUCUCUAUCAGCUCGUCUGUGGUGUUUGGCACAUACAGGAAUGCGCUUCAGGUGUUGCACCACCUGCGGGGUAAAAGUGCAGAUGCCCCCCGUGCCAAACAGGACAUCUUUCUAGCAGGCUUCGCUGGGGGGAUUGCUCAGGUUUCAGUAAUGUCUCCAGCGGACAUUGUGAAAGUGCGUCUUCAGUGUCAGACCCAACUGUAUCAGGGAUCUGACCUCAAAUCUAGGCCUAAAUACCACGGGCCUGUACACUGUCUUUUAACCAUCACCCGUGAGGAAGGAGUGCUGGGCCUUUACAAGGGAGCCGGAGCCUUAGCGCUAAGAGACGGUCCAUCUUUCGCCACCUACUUCCUUGUCUAUAACACUGUCUGUGAUUGCCUGUCUCUGGACAAGAAUGCGCAGCCAGAGUGGAAGGUGGUGAUGCUUGCUGGAGGAUUAGCAGGAAUGUGUGCCUGGAGUGUUGGGACCCCCAUGGACGUGAUAAAGGCCCGCUUACAGACUGACGGUGUGGGCAAGAGACACUACAGAGGAUUUUUUCACUGCAUAACAGAAAGUGUCCGAACUGAGGGAACCGCCGUUCUUUUUAAAGGCCUUAUGCUGAAUUGUGUACGCGCCUUCCCAGUCAACAUGGCUGUUUUUGCCAUGUAUGAGCUAAUCAUUCGCUUUCUACGAACAAAGUCGUAGGUCAUUCUACUUAUCAUACAGCACUUAUCAUGUAUAAGCAGCAAUAUCACACCAUGAAUAUGAGAAAAUUGGUGAGAAUUUGGAAAAUCAUUCUUGAGUGACAAACCUAGUUUUAUGGUGAACUUAAGGAAAGUUUAUUAAUGACGUUGUCUAGUUUGCAUUGAUUUGCAGUGACUACCUCUACUGAAAGCGUAAUAUAAUUUUAUUAAUAUAUUUAUUUAUAUUUAUUACAUAUUGUGUUUGAUCAUUUCCUGGUGAAACUGACACUCUGCUUCAUAUUGCCCAUUUUAUUACAUAUACUGAAAAACUUUAUUAAGGGUAAUUUAAACAUGCUUCAUUUGAAUUGAAUAGUAGACAUGCAAACUGUUGUCUCACUAAAGAGGACCUUUUUAUAGCCUAUCGUUCUUGUUGCUUUAAGCUAAUCUCUAUCUGUUGUAUCUGUAGUUUGUGUAUUACAGGUCUGUUGGAUACCGCAGAACCUUAGGGACAGUGAAGUAACCAGAACAACAACUUUUGUUUUGGAAAGUUAAUAAUGAUAAUGGUGUGUAUAGGGAGCUCAUCAGAACACCAUAUAUACCAGAGGAUGAACUAGUAAAUACAACUUCACUCUAUUCAGAUGCUUGUCAGAAGAUAUUCUAAUAAUCAGGAUAAAAAACAGAAGUAAGGAGUUUUUUACAAAAAUAUUAAAGAAAUAUAUUGAAAAAACAAAUGAUUCUUGAUUAAGGCGGAACAUGGAUGGAAGCAGUGAAAAUUCUAAAUAUCCAGAAUCCCACGUUUUGUAUUUCCAUUUCCUAUGGACAUUAAUGUCACUUUAUUAUCCUCCCAUGCACUACAGAUGAGAUGGAUAGAGAUUACUGGCAUUUUAACAAAGAAACUACUGAAUAUUUAAUUUCCUCCAAUGUUAAUUUUAUUUUAUAAAUUAAUAUAUAAUUGAAUAUAUAGUUGAAUUUGAUGAAUUAGUAUGACUGGGCGUGAUUGAGACAACUGUAAUAACAUAUACAAAUCUUAUCUUACUUUAUAAUAUUUUCAAUGGAUUUAUGUCUAUUCUUCUAUCAAAAU